AUGUCGUCCACCGUCUCUACCCAGAUGGACCCCGUCGAGGAGCAUGCCAACAUCAUUGCUCAACAGUUCCUUGCCAAUGGAGCGAAUUCUGUCGCGUACCUCGGCGUCGACAACCUGACGAGCUUCGACCUUGAAGCCCAUCGCAAGGUCAUCGCGCGCAUUGAGGAGCUGUUCCAUUCUUCCGUCAAGUCUGAAUUCAUCGCUGCAGCCGGAUAUUGGAGCUUCAAGCUUUCUAGCCACUGUGCUCCCCAGUCAGAGGAAAUCGCCAACAAAUCUGCGACCGCGAAAAUCAAUCCAUUGGAGCUCUCUGAAGAGCUCGCAAAGGCCCGCCUCGCAAUCCUCCGUGGCAAGAAGAAUUCAAUCCCACGCCCGAUGAAUAGAUGGAUGUUGUGGUCGACACCGCGUCGCCCUGAAUACAAGGCUCGCUACCCCGAGUUGACCAACCAGCAGAUCUCUGGUCGCAUGGCUGUGGAUUACCAUAAGCUACCGGCCGAAGAAGUCAACUUCCUGCAGAAGCAGGCCGACCAGACAGCUCUGAUCCAUUCUAUCCUUCAUCCUGGGUACAAGUAUCGUCCCCGCAAGGCUGGAGAGGUGCGUCGUCGGCAGCGACGUGCAGUCCGAGGUGUCGCAGCGGCUGUGACUCCACCACAGAUUCAGAAUGGUACUUUCGGCGAAGGCUUCAGCAAUCCAAUUGUGUUCAAUGCAUCCGUGUCUCAACCAAACUCGCUUGGACAGUCAGAGGAUCAGCAGAAGACAGGACCCCCAGACGGAGUCAAGCUUGCCGAUAUGACUCCGCAAGGGACAUGGACUCCGGAAGAUCCACAACAACCAUGGCGCACGGCAGAAGUUACGCGCAUGCCUGGCCUAGAUGAGAUGUUCAGCAAGUCCUACGGCUUGCAGGAAGCUGACCCAGCAACCCUUACCGAUGAAGAGUUCAUGAAGAAUUUGACCAACAGCAUCGAGGAAGAGCUUGCUCGGAUGGACGAUAGUGACAAUAUGUUCCAAUGGGCUCCUCAGGAUAUGUCUGGCACCGACACCGGCAACGCCGCAUGGAGCAGCGACAACUUCGACUUCAACUUGUAA